ACCUCGCCCUCGGGCCCCGUCCCGGAGGCGCCCCCACCCCACAAAAUUAUGGGCGCCCCGUCGAACCCCGAACCCACGCGCACUCCGCUGCCCACGCCGGGAACACCUCAGAGCCCCGCGCUGUCACCUCCGCGCUCCCGGGACCCCCUACUCACUUCCACGGAGUCCGCCGCAGUCUCGCUGCCCCGCGGGCCCUGCCACCGCCCCGUACUCACUGCCACGUCCCUCACUGCGCUCCCCCCGCCGUGCGCCACUUUCCGGGCCGGCCGCGCUCAGCCCUCGGGGCCCGCACGGAGGCUCCGCGGUCCGGCGUCGGACGGGGUCCACUCGGGGAAGGCCCGCGGGUCAUCCAGCCGCGGCGACCCUAGGCGCAGGCGACGACCCUCGCUCAACCUAGCACCCUGGCGCCAGUCUCCUCCCCGAGGCCCCCCGCCCGGGCGACCCCGCCCAGCAGGCGGGGCCCAGGCCGCUGCGACCGGCCCGCGGGGCUCGGGACGCGAGCCGGCUGGCGGCGCGACUCCGGACUGCGGACCUCCCGGCCGGUUCCCCGCAGGCGCCGCCCCCGCCCCGCGCUGUAACCCGAGCCGCCGCCGCCUCCCCCGCGCGCCCCGCGGCCCAGGCCCCGCGCGCGCCGCCCCCUGCGGCCCUGCGCCCGACAGCGAGUCCGCCAUGGGCCGCGGGGCCUGCGUCCCCCCGGAGGCGUCGGGGCCCGUCCAGGGCCGCCGGCUCGGAGCCGUGCUGGGCGCCCUGUGCCUGGUGCCCGCGCUCGCGCUGCUGGUCCGGCUGGGGACCCCGGUGGCCCCGGCCCCGAGCGCGACACAGGGCGACGUCGCCGCGCCGGCCCCCGCCGCCCGGGCCCCCGCCCCGCCGGCCCCGCCCGCGCCCCGAAGACGCCGCUACACGCUGACCCCGGCCCGGCUGCGCUGGGACCACUUCAAUCUCACCUACAGGAUCCUCUCCUUCCCGCGGAACCUGCUGAGCCCCCGGGACACGCGGCGGGGCCUGGCCGCGGCUUUCCGCAUGUGGAGUGACGUGUCCCCGUUCAGCUUCCGCGAGGUGGCCCCCGAGCAGCCCAGCGACCUCCGCAUAGGCUUCUACGCGGUCAACCACACGGACUGCCUGGUGUCCGCCCUGCACCACUGCUUCGACGGCCCCACCGGGGAGCUGGCCCACGCCUUCUUCCCCCCACACGGCGGCAUCCACUUCGACGACAGCGAGCACUGGGUCCUGGGCCCCACGCGCUACAGCUGGAAGAAAGGCGUGUGGCUCACGGACCUGGUGCACGUGGCGGCCCACGAGAUCGGCCACGCGUUGGGGCUGAUGCACUCGCAGCACGGCCGGGCGCUCAUGCACCUCAACGCCACGCUGCGCGGCUGGAAGGCGCUGUCGCAGGACGAGCUGUGGGGGCUGCACCGGCUCUACGGCUGCCUGGACCGGCUGUUCGUGUGCGCGUCCUGGGCGCGGAGGGGCUUCUGCGACAGCCGCCAGCGGCUCAUGAAGAGGCUGUGCCCCAGCAGCUGCGACUUCUGCUACGCAUUCCCCUUCCCGACGGCGGCUGCCACCCUGCCACCCCCCAGGACCAAAACGCGGCUGGUGCCCGAGGGCAGGAACGUGACGUUCCGCUGCGGCCACAAGAUCCUGCACAAGAAAGGCAAAGUGCACUGGUACAAGGACCGGGAGCCCCUGGAGUUCUCCUACCCCGGCUACCUGGCGCUGGGCGAGGCGCACCUCAGCAUCAUCGCCAACCCCGUCAACGAGGGCACCUACACGUGCGUGGUGCGGCGGCGCCAGCGCGUGCUCACCACCUACUCCUGGCGCAUCCGCGUGAGGAGCUGAGCGCCGCCUCCAUAAAGCGCGUUCCCCUCA